AGUCACAAUCUUGAAGCAGAAGUCCAGUAAAGACCAUCACAGCGGAGCAGACGCCCUCCUAACAGCUCUCAUACAGGACUGCAGCAGGACUUUAAACAUGUUCAGGAUGGACAGAAAUCUACAGGAGGAAAUUGAGGAACUCAAGGAAGAAGAAGAUGACUAUGUUAAUGUACAACCCUGGACUAUGGAUAAAGUGGCAGCUCGUCGAAACCAGAGGUUUUGCUGCUUCUCUCAGUCUUUUCCACUGAUAGCAGUGUGUUGGCUGAUACUGUUGGUCAUCAUGGGCCUCUGUAUCUACUUUGCUACAUUAAGUCAUGAGAGGGAAAGUGAGCUGAUGGCUGCCAAUCGCAACCUGACAAACCUCAACGACAAACUCAACGUCUUAGAAAACCAGAUCACAAACCUGACUGCAGUAAACCAGGAGCUGGAGAUGGAGAGGAACAACGUAAUAAGACCGAUACAAAUCAUGGAGGCAAACUGGAACAAACUCAACGCCAGUCGAGUUAAGUGGACUAUUGAUGUCUACUGCCACAACGGGAGACAGUGUAAAGCUUGUGAGCAGGGCUGGGAACUCUUCCAGUCCAGCUGCUAUCUGAUUAAUCCUUCUUAUGGGAGAACCUGGGAAGAAGCUCGAGAAGUCUGCAGAAGACAGAGUUCAGAUUUGGUUGUUGUACAUGAUGAAGAUGAACAGAAUGUACUCAAUUAUUCCAGAAGGUACAUAUACGGGUACUGGAUUGGCCUGAGAGCUGAAGGAGGGAGAUGGAAGUGGAUCGAUGGAAGUGAUCUGACUCAAAGUGACUGGAUACAAGACCAUCCACCACCUGCUGACGGUCAGUGUGCAGUUUCUGUCAGGUCCAGAUGGAGAUCAGUGAGCUGUGCUGAUAGAAACGCAUGGAUCUGCAAAAAGAAGGCUUUAUCUUUUUAAACAUUACAGUCAGACUUGAGAAAUUUACUGGAUACUCUGCAUGAUAAUAUCAACUUGCUUCAGAAAUAUCAAACCGUGAAGACCUCUACUUCACAAUUUAAACGUUUUGUUUUCAUGAAUAAAAAUGCUAAUUAUUUAUCUUUUGAAAAAGAGAAUAUAAAUCUUCACAGUGAAUUAUUUUUCAAAGCUUUUGUGUGUCUCUGAAUAUAGACGCUCAGAUGUGUUGUAUAGAUGAAUUAGAUAUUGGAUAAUAUUGGUAUGGCUACUGACAAUCUGAGAAAAAUACAAUGGCUGGCCUGAAGGCUAAAGACUAAAGACUAAACUGUUAACUAUUAAUAACUCUGAAUGUGCUUUUGUUCUCCUUUGUUAGAGAUGUGAUGUUUAUAAUUUGUAUAUCAGCAGAUUGAUGAGAGGGACAGACAGACUGCUCAGCUUCCUGUUUCCUGUGUGACAGGUUAUAUUGUUGCUACUCAUGAGCCAAAAUUGAGGCACAGCAUCACUUGUUUUUCUUCAGCAUUUAAUGUAAAUCAUAUUAAUAUGUAGAGUGUUUUAUCUAUCUGGAAGCAAAGUCCUGUUUCAUUACAUUGAAUUAAACGCUGUUAUGCAUUGUU